AUGGCGGAAACCGUGCCGUCCACGCCGGUGACCAGCCACCUCGAUGAGGGGGGAAACCAAGCGCCGAGAACGCGCCCGAAGAGGAGCGGCCUGAGCUGGCUUUGCUCCGUGUUCGGCCUCGUCCUGCUCAAGAUCGUCUUUGCGAUUGCCAACAUCCUGCUUCCGGUCAUCUUGGUGGCCCAGAUGAUGUUGCUGGACAACGUGAUGCUUCAGCAGCACUCUUGGGCAGCCCUGGAGUGGAUUUGGAUUCUGCUGCUCGUUCAGAUGGCUCUGCUCUUCCACCUCUGCGGGACUGCGCUCAACGGCGGCCGCGGCCGAGAGGCCCGCACCGGCGGAUUGCAGUGGAUUACCUACUGCUGGCUUAUAGCGGCCACAGGGGGAAUCCUCUUCUUCGACACGCUCCCGAUGCUCCGCUACAUGCAGGGGAUGGGUGGUGACAGCCUUCUAGUAGAGUUGGUCAGCCCGAGGAGCGUCAUGACAGUCAUGUGGCUCACUCCGCUUUUCUACUCCGUGCUUGCAUUCGGGUCCUUGCGACAAGUCUUCGCGGCUCGAGGGGACAGCACGUUGAUGGACGGCCGACGGCAGCGCAGAAGGAGGCAAGACUAUGCCACCCUCGAUGCGGCGCUGUUGUUGGACAUGGUUUGGCACGUCGUCAUUGAUAUGAUCGACAUCGUCAACAUGAUGUUCCUGGACUCGCCCGAAAGUGGAGAGGGGUCUUCUACACGCUUUCUCUCCCAGUCGCACCCGGUCGAGGUACAGCAAAUCAAGCUCGCUGCGGGCACAUUCAUCAUCAUGGCGCUCUUCUUCCAUCAGCAGUCCUAUCCCAGCGUUGCCUACCAGGGUGGCUCGAAUACCUCGAACAAGAGCCAGGAGCUAGCUGCCCCAGACGUGGUGAAGGCACGAAAGCGUUCUGCCAUCAUCAGCAUCCUUCUCGUCGACCUGCCAUUUUUCACGAUCAGGACCUACAUCUACGUCUUGGCCCUGUCGAUUCCAGAAAAACAGGUGGUCUUCCUGGAGGGUCAGGAAGUGCCGCGGCCGCAGCUGGACAAAUGGUGGGUGAAGAACGUCCUCUGCAUGAUGCUUCAGGCCAUGCAGUUGCGCUUCGUGCAGCAGGCCGAGUCAGAGCGAUCUCAGAGCCUGCGCUGGUGGGACCUUCGACGACAGGGCGAUGCGGCGGCAGCAACAGCCAGCUUGAGGAAGAUCGACUACGAUGCCCACCUCCACAAUGCCAUGGCGACUUAUGGCCCCGUGGGCGACCAUCCAAACAAGCUGGAGUACGCCUUCGCCGAGCUGGCGGCCUACAGCGACACCAUGACGCUGUCGCCCAGCUCUGAGGUGAUCAGUCCUCGAGCAUCCGUCGUUUCUCUCGACGCGGACGAAGACCAUGAUCACCACGAAAGCGGAGAUUUGGCGGCCAAAACGCCCUCCGCGGCGCACCACAGCUCGAGGUGCCGUUGCUGCCGGAGAUGUUGUCGUGGGUGCUGGAGCAAAUCAGGCACUUCCUUCAACAUCUUUUGCCACACGAUGAUGGGCCUGGUCUUAGGAUGGCUCAUUGCAAAGGUGGACUUCGGGCAGCUUUUUACCGACAUGGUCGUUGGACAUGGGCUGGCUGCAUCCCAGUGA